AUGCUUGCGGGACUGACGAGCAGCGUUCGCCGCUGGAGGUUGACUUUCCAGGUGUUCCUGCGGGUAGCCGCUCGGCGCCUUGUUCUAAGCAGGCUGGCCGCAUUUCAUUCGGGGUUUCUCUGCAUACAGGACUCAUACGGUGAUGAGAUUGGCGUCUUUGGCAACCCCAAAGCGCACCAUUUCCAGGCCCCUGCCAUUCUAGUCGUCCACGAUGAUUCUUUCUGGGUGCGCGCGCUCUUGCGCGGCGACAUUGGUUUCUCCCAGAGCUACAUGCUAGGUGAAAUCUCCACCCCAGACCUGACUGCCGUCUUCGAAUUCUUCGUGCAAAACGCCUCCAAGAAGAGCAUUCUUGCCGGCUGGCGCGUGAUCGGCAUCUUCAGCGCCAUGGCGCGCGCCGUCUUGCAGCGCGCGAACCACGUCGCAACGGCCAAGCUCAACGCCGUUGCGCAUUAUUCGCUCGGCAACGACAUGUUCUCGGCCUUGUUGAGCCAAGACAUGACGUACUCGGCUGCGCUGUGGCUGCCCAUCACGGAUCCCCGCUCCAAAGGUGAGACCCUGCACGAGGCCCAGAUGCGGAAGCUGCACUACGCCGUUUCCUCGGCACGCAUCAAGUCCACAGACCACGUUUUGGAAAUCGGCAGCGGCUGGGGCAGCUUUGCCAUACUUGCAGCCCAGACAACGGGGUGUCGGGUAACGACAGUCACUCCCAGUCUGGCGCAGAAACAGCUCGUUGAGCGCAGGGUCGCGGAUGCCAAGCUCUCUGAGCAUAUCCGAGUCUUUCUCGGUGACUAUCGCGAGGUCGAGACCCUGAAAACCAAGUUUGACAAGAUUGUCAGCAUCGAGAUGAUUGAGCAUGUCGGCCACAAGUUCCUCGACACGUACUUUGCAUGCAUGGAUCGCUACCUGAAAGAUGACGGCAUAGGCUACUUUCAGUGCAUUACCAUCCCGGAGGCGCGGUACGACGCGUACGUCAAGGGCCAAGACUUUAUUCAAAAGUACAUCUUCCCGGGUGGGCAUCUACCCACUGUCAGCGGCUUGGUCUCGAGUAUCAACGCGGGGUCCAAGGGCAGGAUGGUUGUUGAAGAAAUCUUGUCCUUGGGUGGUCACUACAUCAAAACGUUGCAGUGCUGGAGGGAUAAUUUUCUCACCAAUUUCGACGAAAGGAUUGCCCCGGCGCUGCGCAAGGAGCAUCCGCACAUGACGGAAGCUGAUGUCGAAAUUUUCAAACGCAAAUGGGUGUACUACUUUUGCUACUGUGAGGCUGGGUUCAAGACAAAGACCAUUGGCGACGUCGGCAUCACGGUCGGAAAGGAAGGUGCACUCGAGCUACUCGAGGCAAUUCCUGGAAGCAGUGGUUAA